CAAUACUAUGCAAAUGUGAAGUGAGCUGAGGUCAAAUAGGGCAGGAGGACCAAAUCUACACUCAUCGGUUCCUUGUCUAACGUGCAUUUGUUCGGCAGCCUGGGAAAACAGGCUCUCCACACAGAGGAUUUCUGAAGGCUUGUAUUUGGCCCUUGAUGAAAAGGUUCUAAGAAAAACAAGAGAAAGCCACCGUGAGAGACACACUUUGAACCCCGGAGAGAACACUGCAGUGAGCCUACUGCAUGCACUCCUGCUGAAGGGAAACAGUAAGCUCUGCUGGGACUGUCUGCAACUUAAUCUUACAUAAUUUGGUUUUCAAAAGGAUAACUUUCUGGGUUAAAAUCAUUUUAGUUACCUCUCUUAGACAAAGUAACUUUCCCAAGUAUUUCUGUAGCUUUCCCCAGCAGCACCGGGCCUGGAGGAGCUGCUCUCCAGUGUCCCCCUCUUGGCUGAGCAGGAGCUGGCUAGCUACAGGCACUUUCUUCUUCCCCUCAGCUGAGUGGGACCUGACAAUUCUGCAGUUUGGGAGCCAAACUGGAAUUCCUUCCAUCUGUAUCCAGACAUUUAAGAAUUUGGCUGGACUCCACAGGAAGGCUUUGCAGAGCACUUAAUCAAGUGCUCCAGAGGUUAAAUUUCAGGAAAGCCCUCUUGGAUCCAAGAUAAAGGCGGGGUGUAAAAAGCGAAAACAAGAGUCCUGUGAGUCAGAGGUCCUUCGCUCUCCUCGCUCAAGACUGCCGUCUCCCAGCUCAAACAGCUCGGUGCCAUGGCGCUAGAGCAGAGCCAGCCAACAGAAUACUACUAUGAGGGACACGAAAUGAAUGACACGUACGACUACAGCCAGUAUGAAACGAUCUGCAUAAAAGAAGAAGUCAGGCAGUUUGCCAAAGUCUUCCUCCCUGCCUUCUUUGCAAUAGCCUUUGUCAUUGGACUGGCAGGCAAUUCCACAGUUGUGGCAAUUUACGCCUAUUACAAGAAACAGAGGACCAAGACAGAUGUGUACAUCCUGAAUCUGGCUGUGGCAGACUUGCUGCUUCUGGUCACAUUGCCCUUCUGGGCAGUUAAUGCAGUCCAUGGGUGGAUUCUAGGGAAAAUGAUGUGCAAAGUAACUUCGGCUCUGUACACGGUAAACUUCGUCUCUGGGAUGCAGUUCCUGGCUUGUAUCAGCAUUGACAGAUACUGGGCAAUCACUAAGGCCCCCAGCCAAUCAGGAGCGGGGAGACCCUGCUGGAUCAUAUGUGGCUGUGUGUGGGUGGCUGCUACCUUACUGAGUAUACCCCAGCUGUUUUUUUACACCGUGAAUCACAAUGCCAGGUGCACUCCCAUCUUUCCCCACCACCUGGGAACAUCCCUGAAGGCAUCCAUUCAGAUGCUGGAAAUCUGCAUCGGCUUUGUGGUUCCCUUUCUUAUCAUGGGGGUGUGCUAUGCCAUCACUGCAAGGACCCUUGUCAAGAUGCCGAAUAUUAAAAAGUCUCGCCCCCUCAAGGUUCUGCUCACGGUGGUUGUAGUUUUCAUUGUCACGCAGCUGCCUUACAACAUUGUCAAGUUCUGCCAAGCCAUAGAUGCCAUCUACUUGCUGAUCACCAACUGUGACAUGAGCAAGCGCAUGGAUGUCGCCAUCCAAGUCACAGAGAGCAUCGCACUCUUCCACAGCUGCCUCAACCCUGUCCUAUACGUCUUCAUGGGGGCCUCCUUCAAAAACUAUAUCAUGAAGGUGGCCAAGAAAUAUGGAUCCUGGAGAAGACAGAGACAGAACGCAGAGGAAAUUCCUUUUGAUUCUGAGGCUCCUACAGACCCAACCAGUUCUUUUACCAUUUAAAUAUAAAACGCUCUCUGCUUUUUGCUUGCACACACACACACACACACACACACACACACACACACACACACACGAGUGAGGUUUCUUAC